AUGGUUUCAGCACAAAACCCUCAAACAAACGGAUCCCGGGCUCCUUUGCCUGAUGGACAAUUCCUCUUCACCUCUGAAUCCGUUGGUGAAGGUCACCCAGACAAGAUUUGUGAUCAAGUUUCUGAUGCAAUCUUGGAUGCAUGCUUGGAACAAGACCCAAACUCAAAAGUCGCUUGUGAAACUGCAACAAAGACUGGUAUGAUUAUGGUCUUUGGUGAAAUCACAACAAAGGCACAACUUGAUUACCAAAAAGUCAUCCGUAACAAGAUUAAGGAAAUCGGUUAUGAUUCCAGCGAAAAAGGUUUCGAUUACAACACAUGUAAUGUCUUGGUAGCAAUCGAACAACAAUCUCCUGAUAUCGCUCAAGGUUUGGACCAUGGUGAUUUGGAAGCACACGGAGCAGGUGACCAAGGUAUCAUGUUCGGAUAUGCUACUGAUGAAACCCCUGAAAUGAUGCCUGCAACAAUCGUUUUGGCACAUAAAUUGAACACUGCCAUGUCUGCCGCUCGUCGUUCAGGUGCUUUGGCUUGGUUGCGUCCUGACACAAAGACACAAGUUACCAUUCAAUACAAGAAGGAUGGUGGUGCUAUGAUUCCCGUUCGUGUUGAUACAGUUGUCGUUUCAGCUCAACACUCUGAUGAUAUCUCUACAGAAGAUUUGCGUAAAGAGAUCUUGGAAAAGAUUGUUAAGCAAGUCAUCCCUGCCAACUUGUUGGACGAUCACACUGUCUACCACAUUCAACCUUCCGGAAGAUUCGUUAUCGGUGGACCUCAAGGUGAUGCCGGUUUGACCGGAAGAAAGAUCAUCGUUGACUCUUACGGUGGUUGGGGUGCACACGGUGGUGGUGCUUUCUCCGGAAAGGAUUUCUCAAAGGUCGACAGAUCCGCCGCAUACACUGCUCGUUGGGUUGCCAAGUCUCUCGUUGCCUCUGGUUUGGCCCGCCGUUGUUUGGUUCAAUUGUCUUACGCAAUCGGUGUUGCUGAGCCAUUGUCCGUCUUUGUUGAUUCUUACGGAACAAGCAAAAAGACUGAUGCUGAAUUGGUAAACAUUGUCCGAUCAAACUUCAACCUCAAGCCAGGUGUGAUUGUGCGCGAUUUGGGAUUGCAAAAGCCAAUUUACGCAAAGACUGCUUACGGUGGUCACUUUGGACGUAGCGAAUUCAGCUGGGAACAACCCAAGCAACUUCAACAUUAA